AUGGCUCAGCCAAGCCAGGUGACCAUUGAUUUCAAUCCCACCACUCAGACCAUGGAGCAGAUUCUGGUGUACGAGUUUGUGGAUUACGGCGACCUCGAGAAAUGGCUCAGCCAAGGUGAGAGUCAAGUGAAUGUGACCAUGGAGCAGAUUCUGGUGUACGAGUUUGUGGAUAACGGCGACCUCGAGAAAUGGCUCAACCAAGACACACCUCGGGCACUAACAGCAAAGGAGCGGGUCCAGGUGAUGAUAGGCGUGGCGGAGGGGCUGCAGUACCUGCACAGCUUUGGCAUUGUGCAUCGCGACAUCAAGCCCGCUAACAUCCUUCUCGAUUCAAAAAUGAAUGCGAAGGUGGCUGAUUUCGGGCUGGUGCGGCUGGGAGAAGGGACGUCAGCUACAAUGGCGUCGACACGAGUGAUGGGCACACCAGGCUAUGUGGACCCCGCUUACUACAAGUCACAGAAGGCCACUCCUGCUGCCGACGUGCACAGCUUCGGAGUGGUGCUGCUGACAGUGAUCACGGCUCGUCGGGCCAUUUACGAAGUGGGGGACAAGCAGGUCAACAUCAAGGAGUGGGUAGCUCCGCUCGCCGACGCCUGCAACGCCCCAGCUUUCAGAGAUCCUAGGCUCGAAGCGCCCGACGAUCUCGUGCUGUGGCUUGCGCGCCUCGCCAUCGACUGCACCAAGGUGCCCGUCGCGUCGCGGCCGUCCACGGCGCGCGUUCUUGCUGAGCUCAUGGACAUGAAGGAGGCGUUUUUCGGACCGGACACCGACAAGGUGGUGUCGAGUAUCGAUAGGGAGAUUGACGAUUCGAACAGCCUGGGAAGCUUGACCAUGGAGUUGAAAAAGGCGGAGCUGCUUGGGGCAGGCAGUGGGAGCGGAGGAUUAUGA